UGCCAUUGCAGUCAUUACUACCUCAUUUCGCUCUUUCCAUCUACCUAUCUCCCCUCUUUGCUCCGUGUUCUCUCUUCCUAGACUCCUUACACCCACUGUAACAAGGGCCCCUCAGCUACCACAUGCCCCCGCCUUAGGUACUACUAUACCUUGGGUACAUUACUGUGCAGUGGAUAAGUUGACUGGGUCUUUGCGAAGAACGCUCUUCUUUUCUAUGACUAUCUCUUCUUUCGCUGCUGUUGCUAUCAGUCCGCCUUGGCUUACUCUUCAACUAUCUCGAAUGGGAUAAUAACCGUCAAUCGCCAUUGACAAUCACCAUGUGCGCCUUGGGCAGUCUUACAAGGAUAAACAUCUCGAUAUCAUUACUUUCAACAUUACCAACGUCCGCAGACUCUAGUCGCCAGUGUUGGCCAAGUUUCGUCUAACAAGACAGCCACGAUCAACUGCUCACUCUGCACCCUCUUGUUCAUCUUCUGUAUACCCGUUCGCAGAGACUUGACACUCAUCUAUAUCGCCAGAAGCGCUCCAAAUCUAUAUAAAAUGCGCUCAACACAACUUCUCUCGAUCUCUGUUCCCAUACCGGGCACUCUCCCUCCCAGCGCCGUGGUAGCAGCUCUGCAAGCCGUAGACCCAUUUGUCGCCCACCACAGGACAGUGACGAGCUUGGAAGAAGUCCAAGCUGAUCCGGCAGACACAGCUGACGACCCUUUCUUUGGACCCUUCGAUGACUCCUUUCGCGCUUUUCAAAUGCAAGAGCUCGUCAAUCUCGCUCCUGGUCUUGGCAAAACCAUUUCUUACAAGGCCAUUUUUCAGAUAAUACCUGAUGGCCUUCGCUCUCGUGCGAAAGCCCCUGUGGGCGUCGUGGUCCGAGCCCAGUGGAUGGUGCGCCAACAACAGCACGGCCGAUCGCCCUCGGGUCCGAUAUCACCCGCGGGAUCUGAUAGCACUGCAUCAGGUAGCACGGCGACUGCUGAAGGGGACGAAUUCGAGCUACACGAGCAGGUUCUCCUCGAAUGCAAUUCUCUUCUGAUGCCAUUCAUUACCGAAUCUUGUGUGGCUGUACAUCGUGAAAUUUGUGAGAAUUUCAUGGCGAAGACAUUUAAGGACUACUUUGGAACCUCGCCGAUGUAUUGACCAUAUGUGUAUAUGCUAUCUGGUGAAGACUCUAAUUCAAGAAACGAAGUGGUCAUCAACACAUGAAUGUGUUCAAAUGGUGGGAGAAGGAAAGUCAGUGCGGUGUUUUUGCAAGGCGUUGGUAUUGCCAUUUAUGGGUUUGACUUCGUAUUUUAUAAUCUCUUACUAUAACUACUGCAAGAUAUCCAAAGAAGGGGGGGCUUCCAUAAGUCAGCGCUGGGCAAAAGUAACAAAGGGGGCCAGUCAAUGGGUGGUGUAGCUUAGACAUCGAUAUCGUUCAUACUGUCUGCAUAGAUGGUAUCAAGUACUAUUUAUGUUCCCAAGCAAUCAAUAUCUUAACU